CGAUGCCCGAACAGCAGCACCAAUCAGGAUGAGUGACCAUAAUCUGGGGGGGUCUCCAGCCGCAUUCAAACCACGUCAAUAUAUGACCGAAGCUGGUCAGUGUGCGAAGGUUACAUAGCUCCAGGACUACUUCAGGAUGUCUGUGAGGAUGCUCGGAUAUCUCUGCCUGCUGCUUGUUCUGUUGUGUCCCAGCUGGGCAGAAGAACAACAGUGUCUCACGUCUGCUUCCAACUGUGACCAAUGCAUUCAGUCUGGCCCGGCGUGUGCUUGGUGCACCGCCCCUCACUCCAUCACCCGCUGUCACACCUUGAAGGGGCUGAAGGGGACGGGCUGUCGUAAAAGAGACAUAUAUAACCCUCAGGGCAAGUUGCAGGUUGUCAAAAAUGACAGCAGCACCGGACCAGCCGAGGCCCUGUCCCUCCAGCCCCAGGAGUUCUCCCUCCGUUUGAGGCCAGGAGUGAGCCAGUCCUUUCCUCUCACUAUCACCAUGCCUACGGACCGGCCUAUCACAGAGCUGACCAUGGACACCAGCCCUGUGCCUGCAGGAGUCAACAUCACAUUCAGUGACAUCAUGAAUGGAAACCCUCUGUUCGUACAGGUGACUGUCGUGGCUACCCAGUGUCCCAGUGAGGGGGAUAACUUAAACCAACAGCAGAACAGGACUGUACACAUCACACCCAGAGGCUCUUUACAGAGUGUGAAGUUAGAGAUAACUCUGGAGUGUCAAUGUGACUGCACAAGAAACCGUGAGGAAAGAAGCCCUGGCUGCGGAGGCCGUGGGGCCCUGGUAUGUGGCCAGUGUGAGUGUCCCAAUCCUUACACUGGACUACAGUGCCAGAAAGACGACGACCUUUCAAGAAAUGAAGACUUCUGUCGCUCAGGCCCGAAGGACCCCGUGUGUAGCGGUCGGGGGAAAUGUGUGGAGGGAUUCUGCGAAUGCGAUAUGCCAGUGAACCAAAAAGAAAGAUACAGCGGACAAUUCUGCGAGUGCAGCAACCUUGAGUGUCCAUACCACAACAACAGAAUAUGUGGAGGCCACGGGAAGUGCGAGUGUGGAGAAUGCCGAUGUGAUGACGAUUGGACCGGUGAAGGCUGCAUCUGCAGCAUGGAAAUUGCUUCCUGUAUGUCAAAAAAUCAGCAAAUAUGUGACAAUAGAGGGAUGUGCCAGUGCGGCAUAUGUAGAUGUGAGCCACCUUUCAGAGGCCGGACCUGUGAAGACUCCCCUUUUUGAUCGGGCAGCUGUCAGCAGCAAAUAGUUUGUGGAGUGUGGGGUGUAUUACAUAAUUAUUACUAUAAAUGUGAUGGAUUACAAGGACAAAGUUGUAUGAAACUCUGGUAAAAAUACAAGUACUGCAAGUGUGUAUUUAAGUACAGUACAGAACUAUUAAACGCUUUGAUAGGAAAGGAAAUUCCAACAUGUAGGUCUACAUAUAUUAUGGACAUCGUCAGCUAAGACGAACAGGUACCAACUGGUUGCUUUUAAUACAAAAUGUUAUGGAAUUAAAGAAAUUAAAUAAGGUAUACACUCAA